UGCUCUCCGAUGCCCUUGGAUGCCAUGAAAGGACCGCGAGAGAAGCUGAUGUACGUGCUCUGCGUCUUAACCAAGACGGGAACCCAAAUGCCCGAUUAUCUCGCCACGGUGGAUGUGGAUCCCAAAUCUCCCACUUAUUGCCAAGUUAUUCACCGGCUGCAAAUGCCCUACAUUAAUGAUGAGCUUCACGGCAUGGUCUGGAACACUUGCAGCAGCCCCUCGGGAGACACCACCAAGAAACGCAACCAGCUGGUCAUUCCGUGUUUCAGCUCUUCACGGAUUUAUGCGGUGGACACCGGGACUGACCCCCAGGCUCCCUGCCUGCUUAAGGUGAUUGAACCCAGAGAGGUCUUCUGUAAAACCAAAGUGGCUACACUACACACCGCACGCUGCCUGGACAGCGGAGAAGUCAUGAUCAGCUCCCUAGGGGAUCUAUUUGGCAAUGGAAAAGGUGCAUUUGUUCUUGUGGAUACGGAAACAUGGGAAGUGAAGGGUACCUGGAACCGCCCUGGGGAUGAGGCUCCACUCGGAUAUGACUUCUGGUUCAAACCAAGGCAUAACGUCUUAUUCAGUACUGAACUGGCGAUCCCCAAAUUUCUUGUAGACGGCUUCAAACCUGAACUUCUGAGGAAAGACUACUAUGGCCGCCGCCUGAAUGUCUGGGACUGGACCACCCACUGCCUCGUUGAGUCCAUUGACAUGGGGGAGGACACCGUCCCCAUCGCAGUCCGCUUCCUGCAUAACCCGGAUUCCUCACACGGCUUUGUCAGCUGUUGCUUUGAUGGCUCCAUGCAUCAUAUUUACAAGGAGGAGGACGGGACGUGGACCACAGAGAAGGUAAUUCAGAUUCCAGACAAGACGGUCACUGGGUGGUACUUACCCGACAUGCCAGCAUUCUCCACUUACUUCAUUAUUUCAUUGGAUGACCGUUUCCUGUACCUGAGCAACUGGUUUCAUGGCGACAUUCGACAGUAUGACAUCACCGAUCCCCACUGCCCUCGGCUAUUGGGCCAGGUGUUUGUAGGAGGCAGCAUCUACAAAGGCGGGGUGGUGACUGUGGUGAAGGAUGAAGAGCUCGACUGCCAACCAGAUCUCCUCGUGAUCCAG